UAGCUCCGCCUUUUCACUGCAAUCAAAGGAUAUUGUACAGUUGAAAACAAAGGAAACAAAGUAAAGGGAUGUUAAAACACUAUAAAUGAUAAAAAGAUAGACAAAAGAUUUGUAUGACCAUCAUUUAUAAAUGUACAGCGUGUGAGCUUAUCAAAUAUUACGAAAUGAUAAAUUUCUCGUCAUCGUAUCAGGAAGGAUAACUCUAUUUUGACUAGGAAGUAAGGGUAUCACGGUUUAUCCAGAUUUUCAUUACUUUAUCUAAAAACGACCUCGGAUGAAACGAUGUAUAAAAAAAAAAACACAGACACCAUGAAAAGUAAAUGGAAAAACUUCCUUAACCUUCAAGACAAAGAAUACCAUGUCUUUGCCAGUUAUAGUGAAGAUGAUGGUGAAUUGGUAACCGGUUUGUUACAGCCCUUUGAGAAUAGCAAUUGUUUGAUCUACAACCCUGAUCGAGAUGGAAUACCAGGUCAACCAAUCAUGCGCGGUCUGAUCGAAAAAGGAAUGGAACAGUCCAAGAUUACCAUGCUUUUUAUCACAAAGAAUUUUCUGUCUGAUGAGUUAUGUAUGUUUAUGGCCAAUCUUGCUAUUUGGAAGUACAUGAAAACCAAAGGAAUUCAUCGAGUGCUGCCAAUCAUCCUUCAGCCAUGUAAAAUACCAAGAUAUCUGAAAGUUUUAAACUGUAUCCAUGUCUGGAAAUACGCACCUACCAGAUCAAGUCAUAUGAUACUACAGACGCAAGCCAUUGCUCGACUGACGAAAGCCAUGCUAGAACCACCACCAAAGUUUAGACGAAUAAGAUGGAAUGGAAUAAAAACACUGACGUGGACACGUAAUAUUGUUGAAAAAGUUAAGAAAUCGGCAUUGAAAGAGAAGGCAUCUGAUCAGUCAACACACAAAAUCAAUCCAUUUCAACUGUGGCGAUUAACAGGUGUAUUAAAACACUGCUUUCUAAACUGCCGGUACGGUCAUUGUUCAUUUGCUUGCAGUGGUAGAGAAUUCACCAGAUUUAUAAGCCAUGUACAAAUAUGCAGAUAUAGACCAAUCAAGUGUCCAAACAAAGCUUGCCAGACAUUCCUCCCGAAAUGGUGUGUCGAUAAACAUGUCGAGGAGUGUCAACUUACCUGGAUAACUUGUCCAUCAGUUGGAUGUGGAGAGAAAAUCCUAAGAUGUCGAAUAGAACAACACUUGUUAAAAUGUCAACAUCGCUCAAUUCUUUGCCCAAACCACCAUUUUGGCUGUGACCAACGACUUACAGAAAAAGACGCCUUCAAACAUUCAGAGACCUGCUUGUUUGCUUCAUUUCUUUGCAAUAAAUGUGGUCAAGCCAUGAUGAAAAAAGAUUUACGUGAACAUGAAAAGUAUUGUGCGAAGUCUGAAACAAAAUGCAAGCUUUGUAAAAAGACGAUGCUUCGUGAAGAAGAGCCUUUUCACUUGAACGCUUGUUUAUUGGCGGAAGUCUCUUGCCCAAACAUUGGUUGUGGUUUAACAAUGACAAGAUACAAAAUGUUACAACACAGGUCAACAUGCUUACACGCAAAUAUCAGUUGUGCAAAUUCUGGAAGGGGAUGUAAAACCAGAGAUAAACGAAUUAAUAUACAAAUUCAUACAGCAUCAUGUCCAUUUCGAAUGUCACAGUGUGAGUUUUGUGGGAGAAAAUUGCCUUUCAAGAAACUUGAAUCCCACUUAAAAAACUGUCAGACGAAGAAGGCAUGUCCAUUAUGUGGAAUGAUGGUUCCAAGAUCAACAUGGGGAACUCAUGAGCGUACUUGUCCAAGGAAGAACUGGCAGUCAUAUUGUGACGUGUGUCAUAAAUUGGUGAGAAAUGACAAAAAGGAAGACCACAAAGAGUUAUGCAUGGAACAUGCCCACACUUCUCAACAACCUGCAUCCGCAACAUGCGGAUCUGACAGUUUAAUUGUCGCUGCAGGAGCUACAAAUUUUAAUAUGCCUGUUACCUCAGAAACCAGAAACCAAGUCGAUAGUGAGACAAUAUUGUACAAACGUCAUUCUAAUAGAAAACGCACAGAUUCAGAUAAACGGCAUUCCAGACAUAGUAGUUCAGAUGAUGGCGGACCAGAGAGUAUGGAAGCGUAUUUAGCAGCCAUUAUGAGCAUGCGUGAUAUUCCAGUUACCGUGAAUGGCCACAAGGAAGACUUCAAAAGCUCCGAACUAAUUGGAGGAAGUCAUUGUGCAAAGUCUAGGAAAAUAUUUGCCAGCAUUUCGUCAGCAGCAAGUUCUUACAGCGUGAAAGAUUUGGAAAUACACAAAGCCUUUGAUUCCGACUUCAAACAUUUCCAUUGCCAUAGGGACUUUUAUUCGUGACGAUUUCCAGUCAGUAUUUAGAGAAAAUAACUAUGUGACGAAAUUAAAGUAUUGUAUCAUCUUAUGGGCGAGCUUUCUUUUUAUAUUUAGUUUCCUGGCUAUGAUGGCAAUUAAAGGUGAAAAAAUUUGGUGAUAAAUAAAACAGAGAUGCUUUUUAUGUCAGCAUUUUGGUUUUAUUUCCACGGAUAAUAUUUUUCUUGAUACUUGAGUUUAUGAUUUUUGCAAUUAAAAUACUGGUAAAGUUUUUACGCAUCAGACAAACAAAAAAAUAAAAAAUCAACGAGCACAGUGAAAAUCCAAAGGUAACGUUUGGUAGGGGCAGAAGUUUGGGAAUGUUCAUUUUUCGUUCGGAAUAUGUGUGACACAACAUCUUUAUAGACUACUUUUAUAUAUUGUGACUUGGAUGGAGAGUUGUCUCAUUGGCACUCAUACCACAUCUUCCUAUAUCUACUAGCUCUUUAAUCUCCAUUAUCAGUAGGUUUUAACAAUUUUUAGAUUUUGAUCUUAUAAGUAAAACAAAUAUAGCAGAAGUUGGACGCUAAAGUACCCCCUGUAUUUGCUAACGCACUUACAGCGGGAGAUUGGUAUAUAGCUAUUAACUACAAAAUUUUUAAGAAAAAUUGGGAAUUUGAGGAAUAUUUUAAUAUUUUGGACUUCAAAGAUGCCGUUGUUCUUUGUCGAUUUCGAACGACUAAUAACAAAUUGCCGAUUGAAACAGGAAGGUGGCAAAAUGUAUUCAGAGAAAACCGUGUUUGCCAUCAAUGUAACAAUCGGAAAAUUGGUGACGAAUAUCACUUUAUAUUUGAAUGUACAUUUUUCUAUCCAAAACGUACAGAGUAUUUAUCCUCCUAUUUUGUACAACGACACAACACAGUAAAAUUCUCUGAACUCAUGUCGAAUACACGAAAACCAGUCCUGAAGAAACUUUAUUUA